AUGCCGGAGCUUAGACAACUCCUGUCAGGCGAGGGUGCCUUGGUAGCAGAUGUCCUUCCGGAUGGACAGACGGUGGAUGAGGUCAUGUAUGACGUCUCUGGUGGUGAGGGCGAAAUCUCGUUUUCGAGAUUUCGGGCGUACCUGACCCGAAGUUACCGUAGUAGUGAACGGCCUUCGUCUGCUGUGGCCCGUGGGCUGGUCCGAAACCGCACGAGAGAGCUCGAGGCCGAACAAGGCGAUGCCUGCGACGAACAGCAGGAGCUGGAGCCAGAGGAUGCUUCAGAUCUGAUGAACCGCCUGGACGACCUUGAAGAGGAGGAGGAGGAGGACGAGGACGAGGAAGGCGAAGAGGAUGAGGGUUCGGGCCUUCGGGAGAUUCUGGUGAAUGAGUCCGACGAGUACCAGCCCGGGGCCACCAUGGACGACGCAGGCCAAUGUGACGGUGAUGACGAGUCGCCGCGGCCUAUGUCCAGACAGACCCCCGUGGUAGACGAGGACAUGCUCAUGGCGGCCACAGCACCUCUGCUGAUUGAUGGGACCGUGAAGAAGAAGCGGAAGAAGAAAAAGAAGAAGAAGAAGCGGCGCCAUAGCAAGACUGCCGUGGUGGUGGACAUUCCCGCAGAGAAGAAGCCUCCAGUGCCCCGCUUCCCGCACCCGACCGGGCCGCGGCCGGAGAAAGAGGCGGUGACGCCUCCUCAAGCGGUACAGACCCUGAGCGAGCGGCCGCCCCUCAAGGAUCGCUUCACCAAGCAGCUGCUGCUCGGCCGCUUCCCAAAGCGGAAGCCUUUGCGGGUUGAGGGAGCCGACUCUGCUGCAGAAGCAGAUGGCGAAACAGAAGCAGACAAAAUAUCUCCAAACGUUAGCAGAUUCUCCGUAGAAUACAGGCACCCAGAACGGAACACUUAA